UUUAGGGCAGGGGGGGGGUUCAGCUCUGCUCCGGGAUCGCCGGUAAAAGUCUCCCAAGUCUCGCCGAAGCGAGGCAGCAUUAAUAUCAGGAUGGUCCCGAGCGAAGCUGCGUCCGCACGGAAGAGGGAGAUCGAGGCGAAGCUGGAGCAGGAACAAGAUAUGCUGGCGUUUAUUCAUGAGAACUUAGAGAAAAGCGAUCAACUGACCAGAGGAAUGGUCUCCAUCCUGUCGUCGUUCGAGAGCCGGCUUCUGCGGCUGGAGUGCGCCGUCAUCCCCGUGCACACGCAGACGGGGAACCUGCAGCGGCUGCAGGACCACGUGGACCGGGCGCUCUCCUGCCUGGACCACGUCAUCGGCUACUACCACGUGGCCAAGGACACCGAGAAGACCAUCUGGGAGGGACCCACAGGUAGACUGGAGGAGUAUCUUCUCUGCAUGGCUGAGAUCCAGAAAGCUGUGGAGUUCUUCCAGGACAACAAUCCAGACAGCCCAGAACUCAACACUGUGAAAGCGCUGUUUGAGAAGGGGCAGGAGCUGCUGGAGGCCGAGUUUCGGGCGCUGCUGACCCGCUGCAGCCGGCCCGUGCCCCCCCAGCUGGUGCUGCGGCUCCUGGGGGAGGAGACGCGGGAGGAGACGCAGGAGGAGGCGCAGGAGGAGGUGGCUCUGGAGCACCUCCCUGGGCCUGUCCUACGCGACAUGGUGUGCAUCUCCUCCUGGCUGAUAGAGCACGCCCGUAACCAGGACUUCCUGAGCGUGUACUUCCAGGUACGCUCGGUGCAGCUUGCCGGCUCUCUGAAGGGGCUGAGAGACUUCCGCAGAAACUCCCCGCCCACCGCCUGCCCCUCCCCCGCCCUGCAGGCCCGCCGCAAGGACACGCCCACCAAGAGGCCGCCACGCCGCCCAGGGAAAGACGAGAUGCAGGACGUGGAUAUGGACUCGUACAUCUGCUGCGUCAGUGCGUUUGUAAGGCUGGCCCUCAGCGAACACGCCCUGCUGGCGCAAGUCAUCCCAGAGCAGCACCAGAAGAAGACCUUCGACUCGCUCAUACAGGAGGCUCUUGACGGCCUGAUGCUGGAGGGAGAGAGCAUCGUGGCGGCUGCCAGGCGGGCGAUCAGUCGCCAUGACUACACCGCCGUGCUCACCAUCCUCCCCAUCCUACGGCACCUGAAGCAGAGCAGAGCAGAGUCCAACACCACACUGCAGGGCACUGCCUCCAGUACUAAGAACAAGCUGCCCAACCUCAUCGUCUCCAUGGAGACCAUCGGUGCCAAAGCGCUGGAGGAGUUUGCCGACAGCAUCAAGAACGACCCAGACAAAGAGUACAACAUGCCCAAGGAUGGCACUGUGCACGAACUGGCCAGCAACGUCAUGCUGUUUCUUCAGCAGUUGCUGGAUUUCCAGGAGACAGCCGGCACCAUGUUGGCAUCCCAGGUUUCAGAGAGCUCCUGCAGUUCAGAGUUCGGCCGGAGAGUCCUCAGCUCCUACAUAUGUAAAGCGCUAGGAAACCUGCAGCUGAACCUGCUCAGCAAGUCUAAGGUGUAUGAAUACUCUGCCCUGAGUGCGAUCUUCCUCCUCAACAACUACAACUACAUCCUCAAGUCCCUGGAGAAGUCAGAGCUGAUACAGCUGGUGGCUGUCACUCAGCAGCAGGUGGAGAGCUCGUACCAGGAUCUGAUUCAGCAGCAGGUACAGGUGUACCAGCGCAGCUGGUGGAGGGUGCUGGAGUACCUGAUGGACAGGAACACGCCCACGUUUCAGCCUGGUCAUAAGCUCAAAGACAAGGAGCGGCAGCUGAUAAAAGACAAGUUCAAGGGCUUUAAUGAGGGCCUGGAGGAGCUCUGUAAGGUGCAGAACGCCUGGGCCAUACCUGACACACACCUGAGGGACGCACUACGGCACGCUCAGAAGAGCCUGAUCGCCCAGACCUACAGGAGCUUCCUGCACAGAUAUGCCAACAUAUCAUUUACCAAAAACCUGGACAAGUACUUGAAGUAUCGCCCAGAGCAGGUGGAGGAGAUGAUUGGCCGACUUUUUGACACUUCAGCCUGAGCCACACCCCCACCGUCGCAUUGCAUUCUGGGAGAACAAAAUGUCCUGACUUUGUCUGAAGACCUGGGGCUCUUUCCAAUCUCUUAUUUCUCACCUCCAUCCUCCUUUCCUUGCUCCUAGCUCCACCCUUCUGGAGAGGCUGGAAAAACAGGCAAGAAAAGGAGGUGAAAACAGGGGAUUCAAGAAAACUUGAAUUAGGCAAUGGAGUGUCCUUGCUCCUUCAAACAUCAGCCCGAGGCCUUGCAGGACACAGACGCGUGGCAGACGGGGAGUGGUCGAUCCACAGCCCGAUCAUUCCUAUUACUGCUUCUGCAGAGUUUCCCUGCUCAAUAAUCGUCCAGGAGCCUCCUAGCUCCUGGUUCUAGCUCAUUGAGGGAACAUUUAACAGAUUGGAAUUUCCUUCCAAGAUAGCGGACCUGUGUUGAUGUCUGGGCCAGGGGAGGAACAAGGAAACACGGAUGGGUGAAAUAAGCGAGUGGAAGGAGCCCGGAGACUUUAACAAUGCGCCCUUCAGUCAUUCUGUUUGUCCUCCUUUUCAAUGAAAAUCAGCCUGACAUUUAGUAUGAGUGGUAGGCUAGUAUGCAGCUUCAAACACAGCCACCAUCUGUCCUCACUGUGACAGCAGUGUGGGAUGCAAAUGACUGCAAAUCCCAGCAUGCUUUGCCUCAAAAGUAAUUGAAAGUGUGACAGGAAAUUGUAUUGCAGUUUUAACUAAGGGGGGAAGGAAACCUUUUGUAAAAUCUGUGGGCAUACACACUUUCCACACCCCCACACUGCUGGCCAUACUGAGUGUGUUCAGCUCUGAUAGAGAAAUGAAAUGUGAUAUUUCAGAGUGUAUUGUGUAUUGUGCCAUCUGACCACCCCCUCCCCGAGCUCAACGCAUGGUCAGGACACCAGGAAACACUUUUAAACGCAUACACAUUUUAAAGUUUUAAAUACAGCCUUUAUUAAUGUAUCUAUUAAUAUUUGCAUUUCUCUUAUUUGUCCUAAUAAAGAAAAAACACUGA